AUGGCGGAGGGGCUCCAAGAAGCCGACGACGUGCUGUGGCGGGAUCACCGCCACCACAGCCCGGAUGAUGGCGGCCGCGACGACCAGCGGCAGCAGCCGCACUGCUGGCCAGGCAGGAAGCAGCCCUGCUGCCCCCGCCCCCGCGUGGACGACGACGACGCUGCUGCGCGCGGAGGAGGCAGCAGUAAAGUCCGUCGACCGGCGGGCUCGUCAUCGUCGUCGGCGCCGGUGGCCAUCGUCAUCCCCGUAGCCGCAGUGAAGCGGCCAUCCUCCUCCUCAUGGGCGGCGGAGGACUACUACGGCGACGACGACGACGAGGCGGCGUUUGUGCCGCCGCACGUAGCUCUGGAGGCGAGGUGGCGGCUGUCGGAGGGGAGGGCGGCCUCGUCCAUGUGCGAGGGGCGCGGUCGCACGCUCAAGGGCCGCGACCUCCAGACCGUGCGCACGGCCGUGCUCCGCAUGACCGGGUUCAUCGAGACCUGA